AUGGACAACCCUCCGAGCAACAACAUACACACCAUCGUCAAGGCUCAGAUCGUCUUUCUCCUUUCCACCCUCACAGAGGACAAUUUCGACAGAAACCAGGCAGAGAUCCGUUCGCUGUCUGAGCAGCAUGGGACCGAGACGUACCUGCACUUCAUCCGACGACUGAUCGUGCACUCGCAAGCACGGCUGCUGUCGACGGGCGCGCCGUCCGCGUUCGACACCUCGACGUCGCUCACGUUCCGCCUGCUCGUCCAAGAGACCCAACGGCUCGCACGCGACCCCUUCCUCGCCGACCGCUUCAGAGAUGCCCUCGAUCGCGGCGACACCGACAUCUUCCGCAACUUCGACCUCGUUCGCUUCGCUGACCGCAUCGGCCUCCGUCCCCUCGAGCGUCUCGUCCUCGCCUCGUCCAUCGCGUCCCACCCGUCCCGCAAGGAGCUCGCUCAGCAGGCGGCGACCAUCAUCCGCAUCGAUUUCGAGAACGCCGUGCUCUCGCUCUGUCAACAUCCUUCCUUCGAUCACGCGGAUCUCUCACCGAGCCAGGUAGCGAAGCUGCUCUCGAAUCUGUUGGACUGUCCGUCCGUGGACGCGCCCACGUUGGAUGCGACGCAGCGCCAGGCGCUCAUUGCCGCUGCUCAGGCAAAGUAUGGAUCAGAGACGGUCGCGCCGAUGUUGCAUCAGAUCCUACCGCGUUUGAGCCUUCCUCCUGGCACGACACUAGUUCAAACAUUCAACCAGCUUGGACCGGAUAUCACAAACGACGUCGACACCAUACGUGCUCUCAUGCAACGGUUUGGGAUGACGGAGGCCAAUCCGCCAACGGAUAUUCAGAUCGUCGAGUACAUGUCCACCUUGGCCCGUCAAGCCGCAGAAGGGACCACACUCGGCGACGUCAACGCGUUCGUCAGGGCCUUGAGCAACUCGUCGACGACGCUGAACUGGGCGAACGUCAUCAAAGCCUUCGAUAUCCCCGACCGCGUCGGCGUCGACACCGCGACUCUCAAGCUCCUCAUCGCCAUCCUUCUCAACAGCCCUCGCGAUACCGAACCCCACGCCGUGACUGGGUUCUGGAUGCCGUGGACGAACUCCAUCUACCAACUCCGCCUGCUCGACGCGCUGCUUUCCCUCCCAGGUGAUACCUUCAACUUUGUCUCGCUCCCCGGCAAACGGAUCGUCACGAUGGACGACGUGACCAAUGCGAGUCCGACGAUCAAAGCUCUUGCGGCGAAUGUGCAGGGCCAUACGUGGAACUCGUUGGAUCUGUUCGAGGUCUUGGUCAGGGCGGCGGAUUCGGACUCGACGGAUUUGAGGAACUUGGUGAGAGAGAUGUUGGACAAGGCGGUGCGAAUCAGCGCGGAGCUUGUGCAUAUGGGAUUGCUCGAGGCACCGCAAACGACGUGGAACGAGAUCCGUCUCGAGUACUCGAACAAGUUGCUCGGGAUGUUCUUGGGUGGCCAUCCGAACCACCAGCUCGUCUUCAUGCGCAUCUGGCAGAUCCAGCCGACGUACCUCACCAACGCCUUCCGCGACUUUUACGAAGAGAGUCCACUCAACAUCACUAGAAUACUAGACGUGGCUCAGGACCUCAAGAUUCUCGAUUCGCUCUUGGACGUGCGGCCCUUUGGCUUUGCUCUAGACGUUGCUGCCUUGGCUUCACGACGAGAGUACCUCAACUUGGACAAGUGGCUUUCCGACCAGGUCUCGAAGCACGGCGCCGACUUUUUGCAUGAUGUCAUUGCGUUUUUGGACGCGAAGAUGGAGAGCGAGAAGACGACAAGGGUUUCAGACCCUCAGGUGGAGUCGCGCACCAUGACCCUCAACCCUCUCACGAUCACCAUUUUCCUUCGCUUCCUCCGUAACAAUGCAACCAGCAUGCGCCCCAACGACGUCGACUACUGUCUCGAGAUCCGAAACGCCUGUCUCCAAAUCCACCCCCGCCUCAUGAACCUCGCUCCUGGCACCGACGCCGAGCCUGGCUUCACCGUCAUCAACUACUCCCCCGAGAUCGAGGCCGAAGUGGACGGGAUCUUCAAGCAGAUGUACGACGAGCAGAUCACGAUCGACGAAGUGAUCGCAAUGCUCGAGCGGAACAAGUCGUCGACGAACCCGCGCGAGAACGAGAUCUUCUCCUGCAUGCUCCACUUCCUCUUCGACGAAUACAAGUUCUUCCAGACGUGGUACCCCGCCCGGGAGCUCGCCAUGACGGGCUACCUGUUCGGCUCGAUCAUCCAGUUCCAGCUCGUCGACUACAUUCCGUUGGGGAUCGCGAUCCGAUAUGUCAUCGACGCGCUGAACUGUCCGCCGGAGACGAAUUUGUUCAAGUUUGGUAUUCAAGCCUUGUCGAGGUUUGAGUCGCGGUUGUCGGAGUGGCAGCCGCUUUGCCAGGCAUUGUUGAAUAUCCCACAUCUCCUGGAGGCAAGACCGGACCUCGGGGCGACGAUUCAGCGCGCGUUAGCCGCUGCGGGCGAUGGGUCGAGUACGCCGGGGGGACUGAGUCUGGGACCUGCCGAUCCGCCCGUCGUGUUCAACGCGAUUCAUCCGGACCCAUUCGAGGAGGAGGUGGAGGAGCCGCCGGAAGAGGUGUCGGACAAGAUCUUGUUCAUCGUGAAUAACCUCGCACCGACGAACUUUGAAGCGAAGUUGGAGGAUAUGAAGGGGAGUUUCAAGGAUGAGUAUGCAAGAUGGUUCGCGAAUUAUCUGGUCGACCAGCGCGUGAGCACCGAGCCGAACAACCACAACCUCUACCUCCGCUUCCUCGACGCCCUCGACCGGAAAGUCCUCUCGAAGUUCGUGUUGCAAGAAACGAUCGUCAAGUCCGCCUCGAUGCUCAACUCGGAAAAGACGAUGCAAUCGUCCUCGGAGCGUUCCGUGCUCAAGAACGUCGGCUCCUGGCUCGGCACGCUCACCCUCGCGCGCGACAAACCGAUCAAGCACAGAAACCUAUCCUUCAAAGACCUACUCAUCGAGGGCUACGAAUCCGGCCGGCUACUCGUCGCCAUCCCCUUCAUCUGCAAGACGCUCGAGCCAGCCGCGAAGUCGACCGUCUUUAGGCCGCCGAACCCGUGGCUGAUGGCGGUCAUGGCGCUCCUCGCUGAGCUUUAUCAUUUCGCGGAACUGAAGCUGAAUCAGAAGUUCGAGAUCGAGGUCUUGUGUACGUCUCUGUCUGUUGCGCUGGAUAGUAUCGAGCCGACGGCGAUAUUGAGGCAUCGGCCGAUUGGGGGGAUGGAGACGAUGGCGGGUCCGGGGUUGCCGGAUUAUGUGGGUGAUAUUGAGGCGUUGCCGAUUGGCGGGGUAGGGGUGGGAGGAGGAGGAGGGGGGUACGAUCCGAACGCGCAGAUGCAUGCGGGGGACGCGCAGUUGUUGUCCCUCGGCGGUGCUGGAUCUGGCGUCGGCGGUGGUGUUGGCGGCGGAGUUGGUGUUGGUGGAGGGGGUGGUGGUGGACAAGGUGGUGUGGCGAACGAGACCGCGUCGGCGAGGGCGGUGGGGGCGCAGAUUGAGGUGUUGUUGGGUGAGUUGGUGGGCCGGGUGACGAUUAGUGGACAGUUGGCGCCGUUGCCGAGUAAUCCGGCGUUUAAGAGGGCGGUGCAGUUAGCGGUGGAUCGGUCUGUGAGGGAGAUCAUACUUCCCGUCGUCGAGCGCUCGGUCACCAUCGCGGGGAUAUCGACUCGGGAGCUCGUCGCGAAGGAUUUCGCGACGGAGCCGAACGAGGAGACACUCCGUGGUGCAGCACACAGUAUGGCGCAGAAGCUGGCGGGGAGUCUCGCGCUGGUGACGUGCAAGGAGCCGUUGAGGAGUAACCUUUCGAACCAUCUAAGGCAGUUCUUGAACGAUCAUGGGUUUAGCGACCAAAUGGUCCCGGACGCGGUCAUCAUGCUCCUCGUGCAGGACAAUAUCGACUUGGCGAGCGGGACAAUCGAGAAGGCGGCUAUGGACCGUGCGGUCGCGGAGGUGGACGAAGGAUUUGCGGGGGCUUAUGAUGCGCGGAGGCGACAUCGCCAGACCGCACCCCGUCAACCGUUCUGGGACUCGAAUGCGCUCCCGUCGGCUUUCUCUGCUAGUCUGCCAGACCCGCUUAGGAUCAAGGUGAAUGGCGUGCAGCCGAAUCAGAUCGGGGUGUAUGAGGACUUUGGUAUUGAGCCGAAACGGCGUUGGACUAGCCGCCCUUCGUCGACUAUGUCUUACUCCCGGAACGACCCUAUGGCGAGUGGGAUGUAUCCUCCGUCGCCGGCUAUGGAUGUCAUUGGUGGUGGUGGUGCUCCGGUGGGAUUGUCUCACCAGGACGCCAUGGAUCGGUUCAACGCUAUCAUCAAGGAGCUCGACGCCGUCCUGCCCCAAUUGCCCGCUUCAGCGCUCUCCACCCCGUCUUCCACGCCCGACCUCCGCAUUCCUGUCCGUCAGAUCCUGUUCAUCGCUGCCGAAUCGACGGACCGCGUUCGCACCCCGCUCCUCAUCUCGCAGAAGAUCGUGCAGUUGCUGUACAAGACGAAUGUGCAGCUGGCCCGGGACAUCUAUGUGAUGCUUUUGGACCAGUUGUGUCAUGCGUUCGAUGAGGUGGCGAAGGAGGCGAUUACUUGGUUGAUUUAUGCGGAUGAUGAGCGCAAACUCAACGUUCCUGUCACCGUAACGCUGUUGCGAAGCGGGCUGAUCACUAUCGCACAGCAGGACCAGCAGCUCGCGAAAUUGCUGCUGAAUGACCAACGUCCGAGCUUGCAGAAUUUCGCUGCUGGGUUGAUCAGAGCGUGUCUCACGAGCGACCCUCCGAUCGCUUCUCAGAGCCAGUUCACGUACACUAUCGAGAUCCUGUCCCAGAUCAUCUCAUCCGGCAAGGCGAACGACGAGACUCUCAGGCUCCUGGAGGAUCUCCGUGGAGUUCGUCGCCCUGCGUCUACUGUCGCUGACGGUGCCCCCGCGCGCCAGAUCACCGACAAAUCCGAGUCUGGACAGUUGCGCGAGAAGCUUUACAUCUGGUUCCAGCAGUGGAUCGUCAUCUUUCAGCGCUCUCCGUCUCCCGAGAAGAACUUCGUGCCUUUCAUCACCCAGCUCGCGAAGCAGAAUAUCCUCAAGGCCGACGACGUCUCCUCGUUCUUCUUCCGCGUGUGCGCCGAGUCCAGCGUAGAGAGCUACAUGAAGUCCAUGGCUCGCGGGGACUUCACUUAUGCGUUCCAGUCCCUCGACGCUGUUGCACGCCUUAUCGUCUACAUCAUCAAGUACCACGGCGAUGCGUCCGGAGUCAACAACGAUCAGGCAAAGGUGCAUUAUUUGACGAAGAUCUUGUCGAUCUUCGUCCUCGUCCUUGCGAACAUGCAUGAGGAGCAGGGCGCGAUGUUCCAGCAGAAGCCGUUCUUGCGGUUCUUCUCGAGCUUGAUCAACGACUUGCAUAGCAUCGAGAAAGACUUGGGGGCUGUGUAUUUCCAGUUGCUCAUCGCUAUCAGUGAUACCUUCAGCUCGUUGCAACCCACUUACUUCCCCGGCUUUGCUUUCUCGUGGAUGAGCCUGAUUUCCCACCGUCUCUUCAUGCCGAAGCUGCUGCUUUCGCAGAACCGCGAGGGAUGGUCUGCUUUCUACAAGCUCCUCUUGUCGUUGUUCAAGUUCAUGUCUCCCUUCCUCAAGUCUGCCGAAUUCCAAACAUCCUCUCGUGACCUCUACCGCGGAUCCCUCCGUCUUCUUCUUGUCCUGCUUCACGACUUCCCCGAAUUCCUCAGCGAAUACUACUUCACGCUCUGCGACGUCAUCCCCUCUCACUGCAUCCAACUCCGAAACAUCAUCCUCAGCGCCUUCCCGCCCACCCUCGUCCUCCCCGACCCUCAUCUCCGCAACGUCAAAUUUGACUCCAUCCCCGAGAUGGGCCCUAUCCCUCCCAUCCUCUCCGACUUCACCUCCGGCCUCAAGACCGGCGAACUGCGCAACUACCUCGACCAAUACCUCCUCAGCCGUGGCUCUCCCGCCUUCCUCUCCUCGCUCAAAGACCGACUCAAGAUGCCGAGCCCUGACGGACUUUCGGAAGAGUACAACUUGUCGUUGAUCAACUCUUUGGUUAUGUACAUCGGAGUUUCGUCGGUUGCUCAAGCGAAGGCGAGGAGCGGAUCGUCUUUGUUCAACCCGGCCGACCCUGGCGUUGUGGCGUUGCAGUACCUCGCGACUAACUUGGACACUGAAGGUCAACACCACCUCCUGAGCGCCAUGGUGCUGCACCUUCGUUACCCGAACGCGCAUACGCACUGGUUCAGCUCCCUACUCCUCCACUUGUUCGUCGAAGUGAAGGACGACAUGUUCUGCGAAGUGACGGCCAAGGUCCUGUUGGAGAGGUUCAUCGUGCACCGUCCUCACCCGUGGGGCGCCUUGGUCACCUUCAUCGAGUUGCUUCGUAACUCGAAGUAUGACUUCUGGACCAAGGACUUCAUUCGUGCGGCUCCAGAGGUUACUUUGUUGUUGGAGAGUGUCGCUCGAUCCAUCUUCCCUCCCUCGUCAUGA